UUUUUAUUUUUAUUUUUGUUCCCCCCCUUCCCAGCUCUACCGUCCCAGCUUCGUGCCUCUGGGGGCUGCCACCGUCCCCACCAUGUCUGCGGCGUAUCCCGGCGCUUCCGUCUUCCUGCCCAUGGCCCAGUCAGUGGCCGUGGGACCCAUCGGUUCCUCGGUCCCCAUGGCCUAUUACCCAGUGGGACCCGUCUAUCCUCCAGGCUCCACGGUCCUCGUCGAAGGGGGCUUUGAUGCCGGAGCGAGGUUUGGGGCCGGUGGAACCGCCAGCAUCCCCCCCCCCCCUCCUGGCUGCCCCCCCAACGCCGCCCAACUGGCCGUCAUGCAAGGAGCCAACGUCUUGGUGACGCAACGGAAGGGCAACUUCUUCCUGGGGGGCUCAGACGGCGGCUACACUAUCUGGUGAAGGAGGAAGAGGGGGGGGGGAAAG